AGGUGCUGGGCUCUGAUUGUACUAGUGUGUGUGGAUUCUGUUUCGAGUUCACCAGCUUCGGCACUAUGUGUGCAGCUAGGCUCUCCGCGGCGGUGCAGUCCACCGUGUAUGCCUUCUCCGCGCGCCCGCUCGCGGGCGGGGAGCCUGUGAACCUGGGCUCCCUGCGGGGCAAGGUGCUGCUCAUUGAGAAUGUGGCGUCCCUCUGAGGCACAACGACUCGGGACUACACCGAGAUGAACGAUCUGCAGAGACGCCUCGGGCCCCGUGGCUUGGUGGUGCUCGGUUUCCCGUGCAAUCAGUUCGGACAUCAGGAGAAUGCCAAGAACGAAGAGAUUCUGAAUUCCCUCAAGUAUAUUCGACCCGGUGGGGGGUUCGAACCCAACUUUACAUUGUUCGAAAAGUGCGAGGUCAAUGGUGAGAAGGCUCACCCGCUCUUUACCUUCCUGCGGGAGUCCUUGCCAGCGCCCAGUGACGACCCGACUGCGCUCAUGACCGACCCCAAGUACAUCAUUUGGUCUCCGGUGUGCCGCAACGACAUUGCCUGGAACUUUGAGAAGUUCUUGGUGGGCCCCGACGGUGUUCCAGUGCGCAGGUACAGCCGCCGCUUUCGCACCAUCGACAUCGAACCUGACAUAGAAGCCCUGCUGGCCCAGCAGCCUAGCAGCUCCUAAGGCAUUCCUGGCAUCCGGGCUUGGUGAUCACUGGCUGCACUCCGGGGGAAGUUCUUCCAUGAUGGCGUUUUCUCUAAAUUUGCAUGGAGAAACACCUGAUUUCCAGGGAAUUCCCUCAGAUGGGCGCUGGUCUUGUCCAUCCCCGCUGCCUAAACAAAGGUGAUUUUCACCACUAAUAAAAUGCUGAAUGUCAAAAGAC